AUGUACUCCUCUUUGUGUGGUCUUCGGCCAAGGGCCUCCGUGUCGCCCACUAGGUUGGCAAGCACUCUCAGGAAAAUUGCCAGCAUGGCUGCAGCGGCACCCGCCAACCCGAAGCGAGAAGGCGACAUAUCAGAUGCGUUUGCGUCGCUCGCAGGUCAAAAGGAGGAGCCUUUACCUGACCGCUAUCGUGAGCUGAAGAUAUCACUAAUAGCCGGGCGCGAAAAGGAGAUCGAGGCUAGUUGGAAACGUCUCCUGGCCGCUCUCAAAACCGAAAACGACAUGAUCGUCCGGAAAAGAUUAUCUAUCGUUCCCGAGCUGGAAUACAGUGCGCUCGACUCACACCUCCCAGAGCUCAGGGACGAGAUCCAAAAACGGGGCGUCGCUGUCGUCCGCGGCGUGAUACCCGAGGCCGAAGCGAGGGCCUAUAAGAACGACCUUGAACAGUACAUCCGCAAGAAUCCAGACACCAGAGGCUUCCCAGCCCACGACCGACAGGUUUUCGAGCUGUACUGGAGCGCCCCUCAGGUCAAAGCCAGAGGUCACCCAAAUCUCCUGCGCACCCAACGUGCUCUUCUUGAGGGUCUCUGGACGGCAGGUCAUGACCAGCUGAUCAACUUGUCGACGCCACUCUCGUAUGCGGAUCGUCUGCGUAUACGCCAGCCCGGAGAUGCCUCCUUUGCUCUCGGUCCGCAUCAAGACGGAGGCAGCGUCGAGCGCUGGGAGCGGCAUGGGUACGGCGUGGGCAAGGUGUACGAUGAGGUAUUCAAAGGCAACUGGGACGGUGCGACUUUUGACAUGUGGGAUGCAGGAGCACGCAUAGAUGCGCGUCAAAACAACUACAACGGGCUAGGCGCGUGUUCAAUGUUCCGCGCCCUCCAAGGCUGGCUCAGCAUGAGCCACAGCGGUGCCUACGAGGGUACUCUGAAGGUGUACCCCGGUGUAAAGCUUGCCGUUGCAUAUAUGCUCCUGAGGCCAUUCUUCCAGCCAGUCAGGGCACCUGCUAAUUUCGGGACUUACGGGGUCGAGACGGGGGAGUUUUUGCAUCCCGACAACUGGGUGCUCGCGCGAAGUCAAGAUAUGAACUCGGAUCUGCAAGGCGCAACCCCUGGUAGGGGCCAGGAGUUCCCCCGUGCUGAGCUGCACCCUCAUCUCGAACUUGCCAGGACCAUGGUUCAUGUCCCCAAAGUCAAGCCUGGCGACUAUGUGGUUUGGCAUUGCGAUACCAUUCACGCUGUAGACCAUGUUCACAACGGCCAGUCCGACUCUAGCGUUCUUUACAUACCGGUCUGUCCAGUCACAGAGCAAAAUGCCCAGUACCUCGCCGCCCAGAGACAAGCUUUUCUGGACGGGACGCCCGCUCCCGAUUUCCCUGGUGGCAAAGGUGAAUCGCGGCAUGUUGAUCGGCCUACUGCGGAGUAUGCCGCGGAGCACCUGGGCUUGCAAGGGUUGCAAGCAAUGGGACUGAGGAGGCUGUUAGUGCCAGAUGAAGCUCCCCUUGGAGUAGGGAGCGUUCUGGAAAGUGCCAACAAAAUUCUGGGUUUCUGA